GCCAAGUUCAAAUGGUUUGCUAGUCGGUACACUAGCGGUGUGCCGACGGGGGAGUCCGGAGCGGAGACGUCCGCGAAACAAGGAACUCGCUCACUACGAUCCAGCGAUCCCAGUGAUCCACCUCUCCUCCUGCGAACUGCGCCGACCUGCCUUACUUUCGGCCCCUACACCUCGAAAUUCUGACUUGUCCCUAAUCCACCCAUAAAUCCUCCCAAAAAGUCAACAGAGAUAGUGUUAAACCCCGAUGAAAGAAAUUCCUCAACUUUGUAACAUAAAUCUCGCGCCGUUUUGAAAACCCAUGGUUUCGAUCAUUCCGUGAAAAGUGAAGGAAAACAGAAUUACCAGUGAAAAGUUUGUGUUCCGAGGUUUCUUUUCACCACAUUGGGAAUUUCCGCAAGGGAGGAUUUGCGAGAACCUCAACACGAUGCUCCCCGUAAGGGAUGAACAGCUGAUAUCGAGCUCCAAGUCGGUCGCCCUGCCUUCGGUCGCCUGGUUCUACCUCAGCGCUGAAUUCCUCAUCGGGGCAGCUCUCUCAGGAAUUCUCGCACUCCUCGCCAUCAUACGAACCGCAUUACCGAAACCACCGAGGGAAUUGUCCGGCGACGUGGUGCUGGUCACGGGUGCGGCAACACCUCUUGGGCGAGCGGUCGCCCUAGAGUUUGCAAGGCACGGAUGUUCGAUGGUUUGCGUGGACACCGACCUAAACAGGGUGAAGGAGACGACGUCCAGCAUCGUCUCGAGGUGCUCGAACGUCGAGGACAUCUCGCCGGAGCAUCGUCGUCAGGAUGUCUCCGUAGCGGAGCGCAAGGUGUACGCUUAUCAGUGUAAUCUAUGGGACAGGCACGAUAUCUUGCGACUUGCCAAAAAGACCCUCGACGAAGUGGGCCGAAUCGACGUGCUCGUCACCUGCGUGGGUCAUCCCGGGGAGGACAUCCUGGACACAGUCAGCACGACCCUGAUGAGCCACUACUGGACUGUGUUGGCUUUUCUGCCCUCGAUGCUGCGAAACGAAAAGGCCCACGUGGUUGGCAUAACGCCGGCGAACUCUUCGGCAGAUGCUUUCAGGGGGUCCAGGGCAGCUGUGGUAGGGCUGAUGGAGAGCCUAGGACACGAGUUGUCCGACCGAAACAGUCACGUAACUUUCAUCACGAUCGCGCCCAAGAUUGAGCCAAGGCAAAACGACGAGGAAGUUGCCAAGAGUAUCAUCGACGCUGUGAGAAGAGAUCAACGCAGCAUCGACCCGAGCUGGACCAGAUCUCGCGUCCGAUGAGAACGGGAUCGUUAAAUUGAUUUUUCUUUAACGUAAUUUAUUGAAAUUUUAUAAUUUAUCUAAUUCUCGACCUCCGAGCAUUAUUUCAUCCCGAUUGGAACGCUCAUUUUUAUUUAUACACCCCAUGAACGUGCGCAAUUUUUUUAACGGAAUUAUUGCACGCAAGGAAAUGCAAUGAUUCCUACUUUUAACUCGAUUUUAAUAAUAAUAUAAACAAUUCCUGUAAUUUAGGCUGCCAGAGAGUCGCAUCAACGAACGUACCGAGUUGCGAAUGAUUUUGUUCUAGAUUAAGGCCCGUUUAUACAUCUCACAUUUCCAUAACCGUUUCGACUUGACUGGCAUUGGAGGAAUUAAAAAAGUAUGCAUAAUUUCGGAAA